CACGACCAGUCAUAACAAUGUCCAUGCUGAAUUACAACGGUCCCCGCCGUUUCCCUCGGCCUAACUCUGCUCGUACAUUUCCGGAGACAUACUACAAUGAACGUCAUCCGUAUUCUUAUCCCAUGGGAGGUCCCGUCAGCGGACUACGUGCACGAGCUUCCCUCGAUGAAGAUGAGUUCCAGUCAGAGCAGGGAGGUACGAGGCGUCGUAUUGCAGUAGCCUGUGCACGCUGUCGAAAGAGAAAGAUCCGCUGCAGUGGAGACAGUCAAGACGGUGGGGGCUGCGCCAAUUGCAAGGCAGCAGGCGUGGACGCAAGUCACUGUCAAUUCCAUCGAGUUGGAUCCGAUCACGUCCAGAAAGUAAUGGAUAAUUAUACCAUUGUGCAGAGCCUCGCCAACAUGGCUACAGCCCACACCAUGGUGCCCCAGUAUGCUAAUAUUAGCAACGGACCAUACAAUCGCAACUUGCAAAGUCAUGAAUAUCCACAGCCAGAGACAAAGUUUUCAUAUCCUCAAAUGAUUACGAAAUCUGUAUACAACUCUGACUGGCCAAACCCAUACGAAGACAACACGCCGCCCAUCGACAACUAUUCUUACGACCAGUCUCAGACGUAUGUGCCAUCGACGCCAGUACAGACAGCUUCGAGCUUAUGCGGACUCUCUUAUCGCUGGGCGUCUCAAAACUCCCGUACCAAUCAGCCAGCAACAAGUUACUACUCCGACUACGGUCACUCAUACGUCUCGAACGACGUACCUUAUCUGCAGACCGACAUGGCAUCAGUUGGUCCAGUCGAGCCUGUUUCACCCCUCAACAUGUCCUCCCUGCAGCUGACGCUGCCGGAGAGACCUCGGCAACGACAGAUGCAGCCCGUAGAGGUUCCUCUUACGCCGCGUAGACGACUUCCAGCACCUCAACCAAAACCCGGCCAUGGAUUGCACCAUGCUCUCGAUCACCAGCAAGACCAACGUCUGCGCUCGUCUCAAACCAUUGGCACCCCAUUGUUCAGAAGUGUAUCUUCUUCUUAUGCCUCUACCGGAUCAUUCGCCAAACCACUACUCCCGUGGGAAACCGCCAACGAAAACUUGAUGAACGCCGUCAACGAAGUGUCGUCGGUAGUCAAGUCAUCGCCAACAACGCCUCAGGUAUCAGUCGCUGGUGCCAACAACUCAGUGGCAUUUCCUACAGGCACAUCGACCAAUGCUAUCUCUGGCACAAGCACCCCAUCGUCGAAUGAACUCAACUUCGCCACAUUGCCACUUCUGGAUCCAUCGAUGAUGAUGGAGCCGAGCGUUCCGUACUCCAAUUUCAGGGAGUCUCAAGAAUCGGGCGCAAAGGACACUCAGCUUCCACGCAACAACUCUACACCGAGCCUUUAUGUCUUCGAUGACCCCUCCAGACGGCCCUCCUUUGUCGGCAGUGGCUCCUUGGGCACCCUCGUUAGUGGCCACCGGUACACACCAUUAAAGCAGUCAGAUGGUAAUUCAAGCAUGGACGCAUACAAGAAGGCGUUUGAAGCGCGAAACCCUCCACUGCAUCGCGCAUCGACGUCCGAUCUCGCCAGCGGCUAUUGAAGACGCCUGAAUCCCAGCUUGUCAUCACAAGGCCACUCUUGUUCUCUCCUUCCGAAAAGGUGACAGUGCGCUAACACCCAUAUAAUUCCUUACUACAAGCAAGAUGAUCGGCGUUACGCUCACGGCGCCGGGCAAUCUUUUUAACUCACGGUCUCGACGGUAAGAUUCGUGCGCAUGGCAUUGUCGGCGUUACCAUCACCAGGGCAUACACUCCUCGGCGGCCUCUCAGACGAAACCCUCACUAUAGCAUCUGGCGCGACUUCUGGCAUUAUAUCCAUUUCUUUUAUUACUGUCACGAUUGCGCAUUUCCCGGUUGGUGGCGCAAGGGCUUUGUUCAUCAUGCAUUACGGCUUAUUGUUAUCAUCAUCGCUCCCCUUCGCGGGUUGUCGAUAUACGUCAGGGCCACUCAUUUGUGUCAAUAUCUCAUCGCAUC